GUUGUAAGGUUUUCAGUAAUCACAAUCUGAAUAUUCUUAAUUAAGUUACGCAUGUUUUAUUAGUUCGAAAAUAAGUAAUUGUCAAAAAAUAGGAAAACCUAUUUUAACACUAAUUUUGUUAGAGAAUGACGGCCUUGAGUGGACAACAACUAGCGCCUGUGCGAGGGUGGGUGCAAACUGGACUGGUGGACACACUGCCCAGUGUUGGACUUCACCGGGCACAUUUUGAGAAGCAUCCGCCAAGUAAUCUACGGAAAAGCAAUUUUUUCCAUUUUGUAUUAGCGCUGUAUGAUAGGCAGGGACAACCAGUAGAAAUUGAAAGAACGGCAUUUAUUGACUUCGUCGAAAACGAAAGGGAAGGAGGCACAGCAUCGGAAAAAACAAAUAAUGGAAUCCAUUAUAGGCUUCAGUUGCUCUAUCAUAGCGGGGUUCGUACUGAACAAGAUCUCUACGUUCGUCUCAUCGAUUCAGUCACCAAACAGGCAAUUUGUUAUGAGGGUCAGGAUAAAAAUCCAGAAAUGCGCCGCGUUCUUCUCACGCAUGAAAUCAUGUGCAGUCGAUGUUGCGAGAAAAAAAGUUGUGGAAAUAGAAACGAAACUCCGUCUGAUCCAGUCAUUAUUGACAGGUACUUCUUGAAAUUCUUCCUGAAAUGCAAUCAAAAUUGUUUGAAAAAUGCGGGAAAUCCUCGAGAUAUGAGAAGAUUUCAGGUUGUCGUGUCGACCACAGUUCACGUAGAUGGCCACGUACUCGCCGUUUCAGAUAAUAUGUUUGUUCACAAUAAUUCAAAACACGGUAGAAGAGCAAGAAGACUGGAACCGGCAGAAGCCACGCCUGUCAUCAAAGCAAUGAGCCCAAGCGAAGGGUGGACGACCGGAGGAGCAACUGUUAUUAUCGUGGGAGAUCACUUUUUUGAUGGAAUACAAGUUGUCUUCGGAUCUAUGAUCGUGUGGAGUGAGCUAAUCACACAGCACGCACUUCGAGUACAAACUCCUCCUCGACAUUUACCUGGAGUCGUAGAAGUUACACUUUCAUACAAAAACAAGCAAUUUUGUAAAGGUUCGCCGGGAAGAUUCGUAUACACAGCGCUAAAUGAACCGACCAUUGACUACGGGUUCCAAAGGCUGUUAAAAUCGAUACCAAGACACCCUGGUGACCCGGAGCGACUGCCAAAGGAAAUAGUCUUGAAACGAGCGGCUGACGUCAUGGAAGCCUUCAUGUCCCGCCCGUACAACCAAAUGCCUGCAGCUCCACCACCGCCACUCCAAAAUACUUUUACAAGUUCUUCAAGCGCGAUGAUGGCUGCCAGCAUGGGAGGAUAUAACGGAGUGACAGUACCAAACCAAUAUUCUUCAUUCACGACGCCGGAUCGCCUGGACUCUGCCAACGGUAGCGACUCCGGCUAUUCCAGAGGAAACAGUGUGUCCCCAAAAACGGGAUUCUCUCCUCAUUCGACUCCACACAGCAGCGUAAACAUGGGACUGUCUUCAAUAGGCGCUGUAACAAAUGCGCCGCCAUACGGAAGUGCAAUGAACGGCUAUGCUGGUGCACCAACAUUCACAAAUAUGACGAAUACUUCGGCGAAUAUGUUCUGUAAUCCUGGAUUAUUGCCACCAUCUCCAAAUGCAGCCGUGAACGGACUUCCAGCACCCGGUACAACUCCUGGAAUAUUCAGUUUCUCACCUGCUAACAUGAUAUCGGCUGUGAAACAGAAAAGUGCUUUUGCUCCUGUAAUCCGAGCUCAUAAUACACCAUCGCCAAGCAACAGUUCUGUUGCAGAGAAUGCAUCCUUACACGAAAUCAACGCAUACACAUGAUAUUCACAUAUCAAAAAGAAAAAUACCUGUCAAUAAGAGAGAAAAUGUUGACUUUUGACCUAACCAGUUGAUGAAUCUAUGCAAAACGGGAUGUAAGCCGUCGUCGCUCUAAGACGCCAGGAAUGUGGAAACUAUGACAUCUAUAUAUAUUUUUGUCAACAAUUUGAUACGUUUUUGUGCACUUUUUGCAAAUAAGUUAUUAUCAACGUUUUAAAUAAUGCUUCUUUCUGCACAUACUGGCUUCAAUCCUUUUUGCAUCCAACCUUAUGUUCGCUUGUUUUGUUCAAUUUUUCUAGAUAUUGUUACUAUUCUUACUACUAUUGUUACAAAAUAAACGUAUUUUCUUGGUCCAUU